AUGGGCGUCAUUAAUAUCAACAACAUUUCUAGCCACGAUCAGCUCUUUUACAUCCAUGGAUGGGGCCAGGGAGACACUACUGUAGGCGCUGGUCAGAUGUUCACAUUUGAUGCACCUGACGGUACUUCUGGCGCUAUCAUUGCUGUCCACGAGGGCCGUGAAGGAGAACAAGUCGAGGUCACCAAGGCCGGCUGGGGAGGCAACGAUGUCUUCGACACCAGCGUCCUGGUCGGCUCGGGUGGAAACAUCACGGUCCAGCAUUGGGGCAAUGACAGCACCCGUAAGGGAGCACCGACUUACAUGCAAGAUGCUCAGGUUGCUUGGGAUAAAGCGAGCGAGGAGACCAGAAAUGCUAUCCGGAGCGCUGUCAUCGUCGACGGCGAGGGGAAGGUUGUCUAUAUCGGGCCGACGAAGGAAAACCCUCCCCUGGAGAACUGGGUUCGCAGCUUCGCCAAUGGAAAGACUUAUAUCGGCAUUGGGGCUUGGGGUGAUUUCAAAGGGGACGUGAACGAUAACAAUCAGAGCUCCGCUGCUCCCGGAAGCCAGGACAUCAUUAUAACAUACAACGACGGCAAUGCCAACCCUACACUAGGGGCCUCAGGUGGGUCCAACGAGCCCGAGCCGGCGCCGGUAUUCGCGUUCACGGCCGACACGCAACAGGGGCCAGGAAUCGUCCUGACUAACAAGUCCGGGGCGCAGUGUAACUACAACUUCUACAACAACACAGCCAACGGUGACGGCUGGGCCAACCCGGAGUUCAACAACACGACCGCCAGCGCGACCCUCGAGCCGGGACAGACCCAAUUCGUGGCUCUCGACAGCUCAUUCAAGGGCCGCGUGCAGCGCGGCACGCAGCAGCCGGCGACGUGGGUCGAGUUCCAGCUGCGUGCUGACGACGGCUGUGCGUGGGGCAACAUCUCGCUCAUCAUGGGUUGCGACGGGGCGGCCGUCAUCUCGGCGACGGAUGGCAAGGGCGUCAGCGCUGGCUUUACGAAUGACAUCGUCAGCGGUGCGCCUGAGGCGGCCAAGGUGACCCGGGGCGACGGGGUCGUUGUGCUCGACACUACGCAGGGCUACUGGGCCGGCGGGCCCAACAAGGCCGCCAGUGAUCACGAGUUGGCUGUCGUCGGCCAGCAGAACGCCUAUGUGCUCGGGGGCUCCGGCACGACUGUCGUCCGGUCCGAGAACAACCGUCUUGCUGUGGACAUGUAUUGA